AGUAAAUAACAAUGCAAAACUGUUUCUAAGGUUACUAACUGGCAAAAGAGCAAACCCUUUUACUUCACCACCAUUCACUAACUCUUUACAAGAUCAAAACCAAAACAAGAGUCUCAAGUCUCAAGGAUUAUCGCCUCUCACUGUUUCUUCUCGGGUUUGGUAUAUGUUGGGAGAUAUCACAAAUCGCUCCUCUGGAUUUCCUCGCUCUUCUUCUAUCACGUCUUCUUGUGAUGGAAAUUUUGCAGAGGAUGCACAAAUUGAUAAGCUUGUUGAUCAAACAAAACUUAGUUUGUGGGAUAGGCUUGGUAAAGCUGAAAUGUUGGACACUGAUUCAAGCUCCUUUUCUUGGGACAUGCUCUCUUCACUUCACCAUAUCGAACACACCAGCAGCAAUGAACUUUCUGAUGAUGAAAUUAAUAAAGCUCUUGAGAUGACAGUAAAUUCUGGAGGGGUUGUGUUCUUUGCCUUUUUCAAUGUCCUUUUCAAUGUCCUCGGCACUAAUGAUGCUUCUCCAAAGGAAGCAGCAGCUGUCUUAAAGAUAUCUUCAUCAAGAAUGGCAACACAGUCUGAACGCCUUGGAUAUGAAUUCGCCAAGUGGUUGGGAGUCCAAACUCCACAGGCUAGAGUCAUUCACAAUACCAAUUUAGAAUGGCUCCAAAUAAAGAAUGCUGCAGAAAAAGCAAAGGACGUAGCAAGUUGUGAGAAUGAUAUAAUUGGUGUAACGACAUGUUCUGAACUUUUGGAAGCACUCGAGCUUAGUCAAUGUCUCUUGUUUAUGAGUUAUGUACAUGGUUCACCUUUGCUUGAAAGCUCUAGCGCAUUUGAAUCACAAGAUUCUGCCGAAAGAAUAUCAGAAGGCCUUGGCAGGGUAAUGAUGCUAGAUCUUGUUAUCAGAAAUGAAGAUAGGCUUCCGUGCCAUCAACUUAGAUGGCGUGGGAACCCUGCCAAUUUGUUAUUGGCUGAAAAGGCAAUCUCUUCCCACCCUGCCAAUUUGUUAUUGGCUGAAAAGGCAAUCUCUUCCCACCCUGCCAAUUUGUUAUUGGCUGAAAAGGCAAUCUCUUCACAUUUAGAUACAAUAGGAGAAGCCUUUGAUCUUUUAAUGAACCGACAUAGACCUGGGAUGACUAGAACUCUUCUAAAAGAAAGAAGGUCAACUUCAGUAAAUAGCAUAUUGAGCUCUCAUAAUCAUGGUAUGGUAUCACAAGGCUCUCAUCUUUCACAGAUGAGAGAAUCAUCCGAUGACAUGAGCCUUCAAAGUCAAACAUCUAGAGAAUCAAUGUUUAUUGGCUCCAACAUUGUGGCUAUUGACUCUGUUGUUCCUCGGCGACCCCCUGCUGGAAAACGGGCAGAUGAUCAGGUCAAUUAUCCUAAGUUGGUCGAGUUACUCCUAAAUAGCUCUGAUUUUUCCUCUAACUUGUUAUAUGAUAUAACUGGAGGGAAAUUAGGAAGUCCUCCCUUAGAAGACAUAAAUAUAACAGUUGAUGUACAAGGAAGUGAUGUAACAUUAAUAGUUCACGAGUUCCGCAGUGGUUUCCGUGCUGCUCUCAGGGAUCUGCAAGGAUUUCAUACAUUCCUGCAUACACUUCACCAAAAACUUGAUAACUUGUUACGAUCGUUUAAUAAUACUAUAAGCAAAAUAUCAUUGGGGGAGUCUGAAAAAGAAGAUUCGGUAAUUUCUAACUCACCUUCACCUACCACUGGUAGUUGCAAAAUAUCAUUGGGGGAGUCCGAAAAAGAAGAUUCGGUAAUUUCUAACUCACCUUCACCUACCACUGGUAGUUGUCCCUCUCCAACAAGUAAGGAUAGGCUUUCCAUUGAUAUCCAUCGAGAUUUUAGCGAUACAGAUUCACAGAGAUCUGCUCCAAGGGCAUCACCAUCUUCAGGCAAUAGAGAUUUUUGUGACUCUGCUUCUCCUAUGUCAAGAGAAGGUUGGCAUGGUAAAUCCUCUAAAGGAAGCGUGGAGCUACUUCACGGUUCCUGCUUUACAGCUAAGCUUCACGAUUUUCAUAAAUUUGCCAAGGUUGAUGCAGAAUCUUAUAAAGAAUUGGAGCAUUGGAAUGAAAUGCUUAAAAAUGAUAUUAUCAAGUUAUGCCAGGAAAACAAUUUCAAUUCAGGAUUUUUUGAGGGUAGUGACAGCAACACAGCUGUUGAUGCAUAUGAAUUGAAGGUCAGACUUGAGCAUAUCCUUGAGAGGAUUGCAUUGAUAUCUGAGGCUGCAAAUACAGAGAGACCAUCCGCCAUUACAAAUAGCCUGUACAUCGGUGGAACACUAUCCGCAAGAUCUGUAUACACAAUGCAACACUUGGGAAUCACUCAUAUUUUGUGUUUAUGUACUAAUGAAAUUGGACAAUCAGAUUCUCAAUUUCCUGAUCUAUUCAUUUACAAAAAUUUCUCUGUGUGCGACAAUGAGGAUGUUAACAUCAGCAGCAUAUUUGACGAAGCUUGUGAUUUUAUAGAAGCUGUUGAGCGAACAGGCCAGAGUGUUUUAGUUCAUUGCUUCGAAGGGAAAAGCAGAAGUGUCACUGUAGUCCUAGCUUACUUGAUGCUCAGAAAGAAGUUCACAUUAAUAGAAGCAUGGAAUGCUGUGAAAAAAGUUCACCAUCGAGCGCAGCCGAAUGAUGGCUUUGCUAAGAUCUUACAGGAACUUGAUCAAAAACUGUAUGGAAAGGUUUCAAUGGAGUGGCGGCGGUGGCGGAAACCAACGAUGAAAGUUUGCCCAAUAUGUGGCAAGAAUGCUGGAUUGAGGAGCAAUUCCCUUAAGCUACAUCUACAGAGAUCACAUCAGGGAGUGUAGAUAGUGCCAAAAGUCAUUAACCAUUUUGAAUAUUAGCCGUGGUGGGAGUGUUAGCCCCGUACAAAGGCAAUUUAAUUCAAUGAGAGAUUAAUAGUAUAUUUCUCUUGGGCCAUUCCAUAUUUAUCGCCUCAAAAUUUUAGCCAUUGAAAGCAAUUAAGCAUAUUCCUUUGGAGAGUUUGUGUAUGAUUUACUUUGUCACAAUUAACUAGACAAUGGGUUGUGUUUACGAGUAUCUUACAAUAUAAUAACGAAGCCUGAUUUAGAAAUAGAUAAAA